AUGCGAACUUGUACAAUCCUCAGGAUCAGGCGCAGGGCAGCUACCCGCGAGCCCAACAACAGGGAGGCUACGACGGUCAGCAGCAGGGUGGCUACGGCGGUCAGUCUGGCGGCUAUUAUCCGCCACAACAGGGAGGCUACGGCGGUCAGUCUGGCGGCUAUUAUCCGCCACAACAGGGAGGCUACGGCGGUCAGGCUGGCGGCUAUUAUCCGCCACAACAGGGAGGCUACGACGGUCAGCAGCAGGGUGGAUACGGCGGUCAGUCUGGCGGCUAUUAUCCGCCACAACAGGGAGGCUACGGCGGUCAGUCUGGCGGCUAUUAUCCCCCACAACGGGGUGGCUACGGCGGUCAGUCUGGCGGCUAUUAUCCCCCACAACGGGGUGGCUACGGUGGAAUGA